AUGGCAAACCUCCUCGAACCUAUCACCAUAGGAGGUAAACUCCCUCUCAGGAACCGUAUCGCCAUGGGUUCAAUGACUCGUAACCGCUGCAUCGACGAUAACAAACCCGGACCAAGUCAGAUCAAGUACUAUGCCGAUAGAGCCAAGUACAGCACCGGUCUCAUCGUCACUGAGGGCACUUUCGUCGACUGGACUGGUUGCGACUGGAAACACGCUCCCUUUAUGGUCACCCAGGAGCAUGCAGAUGCAUGGAAAAAAGUAACUGACGCAGUUCAUGAUGUUGGAGGAAAAAUCUUUUUUCAGGCGUGGCAUGCUGGAAGGUGUCAGCAUGAUCAGUUACCUAUUAUGAAAGAGAAGGGUGGCAAGGUUCUGGCUCCUUCUGUUAUCAAAGCUCAGGGAGGUAAAUAUCGAGACUUGCCUGGCAUGCCUGGGCAUACGGACAAUAUCGAGGCCAUUACACACGUUCAAGCUGUUGUCGAUACUUAUAGGCGAAGCUGCGAGCUAGCUAAAUCUGCUGGCUUUGAUGGCGUUGAGCUCCUUGCUCAAGGCCGCGCAAAUCACCGCACCGACGAAUAUGGUGGUUCAGUUGAGAACAGAUGCCGCUUCACCCUCGAACUCGUCGAUGCAAUCGCCGCCGUCUUCAACGGACCCGAGUACAUCUGCGUCAAGAUUAACCCUACAGACCAUCUCAACGACUCUAUCGUUGACUUUGAUGAGAUGAAGGAGACUUAUACGUACCUCAUCACCGAACUUGUUAAACGGAAAGUUGGUAUUAUCAACCUUGGCCGUCGUGGUGCCGAAACGUCUACUGGAUCAGGAGAAUUCUUUGGACCUCUCCCUCGGCCUGAAGGCUAUCCUCUCCCUCCUGGUUAUGAUCCAGUUCUUGACUUUGGGAAGCUUGUCAAGUUCCCUGGCAGUCCGACUUUGCUCAUGGCCAAUCAUGAUUAUACUGUUGAAGCGGCCGAUGCUCUUAUUGGAGAGGGCAAACUCGACAUGAUUACGUUCGCGAGAGCUUUCAUCUGGAAUCCGGAUCUUGUUUCUCGUAUCACUCAGGAGAUACCUCUCGCCAAGAAUGAUAGAGGUCCUUGGGUUUUUUAUGGGAUGGAAGACACACCAGACAAGGGUUACAACGAUUGGCCAAUUGCCUCAACCGCGUAG